AUGGAGGAUAAUGAAUCGUCAGAAGCAGAGCUGCAACCACAAGAACUAAAUAGUGAUGGCAAUGAUGGCAACAGCAUCCUGCUGCAGGCCAAACUUUCAGUGUUAGAAGAUGUGGUGAAUCACAUGAAUGUUUCCCAGUUGGAGGAUCAAAGAGAAUUGGACCGUUUACAAUCCCAUGUGAUGGAUCUGGAACAAGAUUUAGAACUCCAACAACAUGCCCUUGUACAAGUCAAUCAGUCACAUCAGUCUCAGUUGCAAGCUCAGGAAUCGUCUUGGCAAAAACAAGAGGCUGCAUUGCAAAAAGAUCAUGCCCUAGCGAUGAGCCAAUUGGAACGCAAGUUACUGGCACAAGCCAAAGUGCAGCAGGAUGAAACCACGCAACAAUUGCGCAAGGAAACAUCCGAGUGGAGAGCCCAAAAGGAAGGGGAAUGGAAUGAAUCUCUCGAAAUUGCCACGGCCGCCGUUGCAUCAGCCGAAGCCAGAGAACAGAUACUCCUGGACAAGUUGGAUCUGUUGGAAACAAGAUAUCAUCAAGAAGCUGCGCAGUACAAGAACGAACUAGAUCAAUUGCAGAAAGAAUGGAAGACAGAAAAUGAUCGACUGGAAGAAGACGUGAGCAAACUACACACGGAACUAUCCCAAGCCAAACAAAAACGAGACCAAGAAACAAGUUACUUGCUCGAAGAGCUAGGUAAUCGCAAUCAGCUUUUAGAAGAUGAAAUGGUGGCAGUGAAAGAACAGAUGCAAUUUGAAAAAUUACAGCAUGCAACAGCCAUGCAAGUCGCCAAGGAGGAAUGGGCGGAACAGAGAGACAAGGAACGCAAGUUUUUUCAGGAGGCCAUCGGACUCUUGAAACAGGAAAAGGCCAUGCGUGAAUUGGAGGAUCAGAAAGGCUUCUGGAGGCGACUCGUUCGGUUUUACAGAGGUGGACGCAACAAUAGGAAACGGCGCACCAGCAGAGCUUCGUAA